GAGAGGGAAGGGGGCUAAACCUAAACCCGAUCCGAUUAUUCAACAGCCAGCCUCCCCGACUCCAUUCCACCACACCUCCCCCCCUUCCACCCUCUCCGACUCGACUAGGGCGCACGCGCACGCCGCCGCCCCCUCCACCGCCUCCGCCGCCGCCGCCGACGACGAGCGGGAGGGAGGACGGAGCGCUCGAUCUCCGCGCCGGGCGCGGGCGACGCACGCGCGACGCGAGGGGCGGCCUCCCCCGUGGGGGGUCAGAUCCGAGCUGAAUCGGGGGAUUUCCCGGGCAGGAAGGAAAAGGUUGAGUGUGAAAAUAUCUGCACUUCUUGAGGUGAUAGAGUAAUGGCUGGCACUUUGAUUGAGGACAAUGCUGGGGAUGGUAGAUCCUCAUCAACUGAAGAGAUGCCAAGUGAUCAGCAGAGCCAUUCCGGGGAUUCUUUAGCUGAGUGGAGGUCAAGUGAACAAGUUGAGAAUGGGACGCCAUCCACCUCACCAGCUUACUCAGACACUGAUGAUGAUGAUUGUGGACCAAGGCCUUCUGAACUUUAUGGGAAGUUUACAUGGAGAAUUGAUAAUUUCUCUCAAAUCAACAAGAGAGAGCUAAGGAGUAAUUCCUUUGAUGUUGGUGGAUUUAAGUGGUAUAUCUUAAUCUAUCCACAAGGAUGUGAUGUUUGCAAUCACCUCUCUCUCUUUCUUUGUGUUGCGAACCAUGAUAAACUACUCCCAGGAUGGAGUCACUUCGCACAAUUUACAAUAGCUGUAAUUAAUAGAGACCCUAAGAAGUCCAAGUAUUCUGAUACACUGCACCGAUUUUGGAAGAAAGAACAUGAUUGGGGGUGGAAAAAGUUUAUGGAGCUAUCAAAGUUAAAUGAUGGCUUCGUUGUUGAGGAUGUUCUUACCAUCAAAGCUCAAGUUCAAGUUAUCAGGGAGAAGGCAGACCGUCCAUUCCGUUGCCUUGACGGCCAGUACCGAAGGGAACUAAUUAGGGUGUAUCUAUCAAAUGUGGAACAAAUUUGCCGACGCUUUAUUGAUGAAAGAAGAAGCAAGCUUAGUAGGUUGAUUGAGGAUAAACUGAGGUGGUCCAGUUUCAGCGCAUUCUGGCUAGCGAUGGAUCCAAGUGUGCGGCGACACAUGACAAGGGAAAAGACUGACACUAUAUUGAAAGUUCUAGUGAAGCACUUCUUUAUAGAGAAAGAAGUUACAUCAACCUUGGUAAUUGACUCGCUAUAUAGUGGACUGAAGGCUCUUGAAUACCAGAGCAAGAACAAAAAGGGGAUACCGAAACUAACAGAGACAGAUGCUCGAAGCACUCCAAUGGUACUUAUUGAUCAGGACAUGUUUGUUUUGGCUGAUGAUGUGAUAGUUUUGCUUGAAAGAGCUGCAUUGGACACACUGCCACAUCAACCGUUGCCCACAAAAGAUGAUAAAAGUUCACAGAACCGUACAAAGGAUGGCAGCUCAGGUGAGGAAUUCAACAAAGAUUCUAUUGAGCGUGAUGAUAGACGGCUUAUAGAACUAGGCUGGAAGACAUUGGAGCUUUUUGCCUUAGCUCAUAUAUUCAGCCGAAUAGAAGUAGCAUACCAAGAGGCAGUGGCUUUGAAACGCCAAGAGGAGCUGAUUCGUGAAGAAGAAGCUGCUGGGCUAGCUGAAAUUGAACUUAAGGCAAAGCGUAGUGCCGCUGAAAAGGAAAAACGUGCCAAGAAAAAGCAGGCAAAACAGAAGAAAAACAGUCGAAAAAGUAAUAAAGGAAAAAAUGGCAAGUCUGACAUCAAGGAAAUACUUAUGGACAGCAGUCCAUCUGAUGAUAGGAUUCUGGAUGAUUUCUCUGGACAAGCAGAAGAAAUGUCCUCGAAUGCUGACAACCCUGAAGAAGUCUCUGAUAUGUCUGAUAACAGAGAUGAUAAUUCAGAUGCACUUCAUGUUGAUAUUGAAGAGCGUGAAUCUAGCCCUGUUAAUUGGGAGACAGAUGCUUCAGAAACUCAAGCCACUGUACCUGGAAGUGGUGAGGUGCAAAAUGACCAAGCAGGGAAGCGGACCUCUUUUGUGGAUGAUAGCUCAUCAACUUGUUCGUCAGACUCAGUUCCUUCAGUUAUCUUGAAUGGAUCAGGAGGUGCCUGGACAAAUGUCAGAUCCUCAUCAAAUAGGGGAAACAACCGGAGGAAUAAGGAUACUGAUACACGGGCAGGACUUGGACAAGGCGGACCAAACUCAGUGUAUAAUGGUUUUGUAGGAUCUGGCAGCAAUGCUUCUGUCAACUCCAAGGAUGCUAGACAUGAAUCUGAGGAUGAUAAAGUUGUCUCGCAGAGGAAGCAACAUGCACAACGGCAUGUUGAUGUCAUGAGCCCCUCCAAGUCAAGAAUGGCAGAGUCUUCCUUUUCAUCUGUGAGCCCUGCUAAGAAGCAACCUAACGUAUCCCAGCAAAGCACCAAUAGUUCGAAUUACCGUGCAAGCCAAGCUUCGGGUGCUGUGACUGGCACUACGACAGCAGGUGUCAGUCCAACCCCGGCAGCUCAGUCACUAUCAAAUAAAGGACCUCUGUCCAGUCCUGCGACCCACCAUGAGAAGUCGUUUCCAAUUGCAAGUAGACCCCUGCAGGUGCCUAUACAAUCCAAAUCGGAAGCGCAGAAACAGGCUUCCCUGGAUGGCAGUGCAACAACCCAGGCCGUUACAGUAUCAAGGCCCUUGAGUGCCCCGCAAGUCCCUGCAGGAAAACAAAGUACACCAGUUACUUCAACAUCUCAGAGUGUACCACUUCUUUCUCGUUCAAUGAGUGCGGUCGGACGGUUGGGAAAUGAGCCCUCGGCUAAUGCUCCUAGCUUCAUUCCCCGGUCACGAACAUAUCGCAAUGCCAUGAUGCAGACAAGUUCUGCUGGUGGAAGCAGUUUCACACACCAGCCAGGUUCAUCGGAGCAAGGAGUUGCACAUUCGCAACCAAUAUUUACAUCACAACCUUCCAUUCUGUCAUCAGAAACCUUGUCUGGUAAAGAGGAAACAUCAUUGAAACCUGGGUUCACAUUUGGCACUGUCAAGCCCGAGUCACUGAACCAGUAUCAGUGCAGAGAACAGAGCUCACAGCAAGCAACAAGCAGCAGCAGCAUCAGUAACAGUAGUGAUUGUGCUCCGUCGAGUUCAAACAUCAGAAGUGAGAUUGCGAAGCUCAAUUUGAAUGGUAGAUCACGAAGCAGGCAGCUGUUGUCAGAAAUUUCUACCAGAUUUACUCCUUAUCAACCGCAAGGCCUGGUUGCUGAUGAGUUCCCACACCUAGACAUCAUCAAUGACUUGCUGGACGAGGAGCAGAGCGAAAGGAGAAGGGUUCUUCGACCUGGAUUCGCUCAACAAUUCUCUAUGCCCAAUGAUGCCAGCACACCUGAUUAUGGCUUGUUUGGUGAGCCAUACCUGUUGGAUCAGUCCGAGCCAUACUUUGAUGACGAGCCUCCAAGGUUUUAUAGCCCAUUGAGCAGUGCUCCUCGAGGGCUUAGGGACCGGAGUUAUUCACACUUCGAUCUCCCUUCUUACUCCAACAGCAGCCAGUUUGAUGAUCUGAUGAUGAACCAGUGGCAAUACAGCUCUGACAUCUCCAUGACUAGUUUCAUGUCGGACGCAAGUGGCUACACCUAUCAGCCGCAGGAUUUCCCGGUGAAUGGAGUAAGCAGAUACCCAUCCUAUCGCCCUGCCAAUGGGCACUGAGAAUUUUAGUGAUUGCAUUGGUAAUAAUGUGUGGUGAGUCCAUGCUGUUCGCUUCUGAGCUGAGUGUAAUUGUAAUAGUUCCCAUAGCAGUCAUAUAAAGAUGGUUCCUCAGUUUCCUUAUUCAAUAGUUAUAUCUUUUCCCCUUACUUUCUAUAGAUCAGUUUUGCCCGAUGGUAAUGAAUCUAAGUAGGUUAAAAUGGUCUGGUAAAUCUAGUCAAUCGCAUUUGCGAAAUGUGGACGAUGCAAGCAAUGGUAGAGCGGCUUUUUAAAGCAAUGCCAGUGCUUAAGCUGAUGCAUUAAUGAUAGGGAAUAUGUCUCUUCAA